AUGCCCUCGGAUUUGUCAAAUUACCUUGCCUCUCGAUACCUUGUGGCAGACCCUAAGCCUCACUCCAAGAAGCGCAAACGAAAACAGUCUACAGCAAACGGACUUGUUAUUACGGAUGACGAUGACAAAUCCUGGAUACAUCCGGACUCAGCGGCCGAUAGACAUGGAGAAGAGCUGCCAUUAAUAGUUCCCGGGUCUACAUCUGAAUUUCGCAAAACCACUAAAAGCAAUUGGAAGAGCUUGGGAGCGACAAAGGUCGACACAGAUGCAGCGGCCGCUGACGCAAUUCUUGCGUCAACUGCUGCAGAAAACGAAUCGAGACGAAGCACCAAUGACGAAAUGCCGACUGUUGAGAGAAAUGAUGGGUUAGUUAUGAUGAGCGACGGCACCCAUGCUGGUCUCCAGACCGCUGCGGCAGUUUCCGCCCAGCUCCAACGGAGGCAAAAGGAAGAGCGCAGGGAGUUUGAGUGCCACAGAAGAUCUGCAAAGGAAGAAGAAACCGUUUAUCGCGACGCGACAGGGCGAAGAAUCGACAUAUCCAUGAAACGGGCUGAAGCCAGAAAGGCAGCCGCUGAGGCUGAAGAUAAAGCUCAGCUAGCAAAGCAAGCUCUUAAAGGGGCUGUACAGAUGAAUGACGCGCAAAAAAAAAGAGAGCAACUGGAAGAUGCUAAGCUUCUUCCGUUUUCUCGGAGCGCGGACGAUGAAGGUAUGAACAGUGAACUGAAGCAACAGGAGAGGUGGAAUGACCCGAUGCUUCAAUUCCUAAGGGAUAGGAAGAACAAAGGCAGGCCUCAAAAGUCCGCUCCAAGACGCCGGCCAAUGUAUGCUGGAGCAGUCCCGCCGAAUCGAUAUGGCAUUAAACCCGGAUAUCGCUGGGAUGGGGUCGAUCGAGGCACAGGUCUCGAGGCAGAGAGGUUCAACGCCAUAAACCGGCGGGACAGAAUCAAGGGUCUAGAUUAUUCGUGGCAAAUGGAUGAAUAA